AUGUCCAUACCACUCCGAAUUCUAACUCUUCAUCUCCUUUCUAUCCCAUUCGGUGGCGUUCCUUGCAUUCCUGAGCGCAGAAGCGACUACUCAUUGCCGGACGGUCCCUAUUUCAGGGCUACGAUUCGCUCUGUCAGUCGACACCACAACGGCGUUUCUGCUUCUGCUUUGGCAUUUCCAGUGGGUACGGUCGAGCGUCAUUCCACCGAGGAGAUAGAACUGCAUUUGGAUUUGCGUGACUCUUGGGUUGAAACUGACCUCCAAGUGGGCGACACCGUUAACAUCCUACCUGGAGCUGAAUUCUCGUCCAUAGGGAAGCACAUUACGAUUGAUGACAGCGAAGCCUCCGGUUCCGCUCCAGGCACACACAUUCCUGCGGCCGUUAUUCACCAUCCAGACACGCUGAUCCCCGGAACCAAAAUCACUGGUAGUUACUACUGCCUCCGUCGGUCGAUAUUGGAGUCAUUCUGGCCUGCGGGUGAUGAUGGGUUGGACGAUAACCUGCUUGAAGAUCGUCAGGCGACAACAAAUUACAAAUCUCUUAUGCUGAUCGGUAGCAUAGUACAUGAGUUAUUUCAGCGACUCAUCGUUUCUACGGAGCCCACGGUGCAGCAAGGGCGCGAAUUGCUUGAAGUUAUUCUCCGUCGACCGGAAACUAUGCUUCAGUUAUAUGCCCAUAAACUAAGCUCAGAAGAGCUCCGCACCCGCGUACUAAGUCAGUUGGAAAAACUCGUCUCUUGGAUAACACGACAUCUUGAACGAACGUGUGACCGAAGGUCGCACACUCCCCCGAUGUUCCCUAUAAUUCACGUUGUGACGGAAAUUGAAGAAAACAUAUGGUCGAGUAGACUUGGGAUCAAGGGCCGAAUCGAUCUCUCCGCUUUGUGUCUGCUUCCCCCGACAGAAGCUCGUAACCGUAUGAUUUCGAAACUGAAUACCUCCGCGAUUGAUUCGUUGGUUUUGCUUCCUUUAGAACUAAAAACUGGCCGCCCAACUUAUUCUAUCGAACACAAAGGACAGGUGUUGCUGUACAUGAUGUUGCUACGCGAUCGAUACGGUCCUGAAUACUCCCAUCCGAAUGGACAAGUUGCUCGCACGGCGGAUGCCGGUUGGCUGGUUUAUCCGCAAGAUGAUCGCGAGUUGAAACAUGCAGCGAAGCCCGAUCCCGGACUAGUCGCUCCUCUUUUGCCCAGUUUUCGAGGUCUGCUGCAGGCUAGAAACCGAAUCGCCUACCACUUACAUCGGUUGCUUCAAAGUGUCUCUGAGACGUCCCAGUCAUCUGACUACAGUUGUUGGACCCCGCGAUUGCCUGAUGUAAUCAGUCAGUUGAGGACUUGUCACAUGUGUCCUUUGCAGUUACCAUGCAGCCUAUUUGCCGCGGAUUCGAGACAGUUCGAAGCAAACCACAUUAAGUUACACACAAAGUAUGCGGAUGCCUGCAACUCCGUGACCGAGCUCUUGCAGCUCCGAAAGUCACAUUUAUCAACUACCCAUCUUGCAUUCUUCUCAUUCUGGUGUCGUCUGGUUCUACUGGAGCAUAUCAGCUGUGAUCGCUUGGAAGACCUUGUUGCCCGCAUCGUGUCACAUUCUUCACCGGGUGCAGGCAGUCUCAAAAAUAGCGGUUCUAUUCGUCGCUUGAAAUUCCUCGGUUCAAGCUGCGUCUCUGUCUGUUUCCAAGACCAGUGGCACAUAACUCUUGUUCCAUCAGAUCCUAAUGCGAUUUCACGCAGCAACGAUUAUGGCCUGGAGCCCGGUGACCUAGUCGUGAUCAGUAGCGAUGACGGCUGCCAUAUCGGUUUGGCUUUGGGCACAAUCAUUUCUCUCCCUCGAUUUAACUCAGCUCCAUGUCCUCACGACGACCACUCCGAAUCCCAGCAAGAUCCUUUUGUACUUUCAUCCGAUCGUCCGCUUCCUACUUGGGUGCACCGCUUCCGGCUCGAUCGAUACUCUUCUCCAAAAGUAACCCAGUUGAACCUCUCCAAUUUGGUCGGCCUCAUGCAACGCUCUCCUCUGUGUGAUCGGUUACGCUCUCUAAUCAUUGAUGGAGUACGCCCGACCUACAAAAACACGCUAUCUAAGUCGCUAGUGGCUGGCAUCCGUCGGAUUUUGAAGCACUUAAACUCAUCUCAGCGCACCGCGAUUCUCCGAGUACUCAUGGCUGACCACUACGUCCUCAUCAAAGGAUACCCGGGCACAGGCAAAACGGAAACCUUAGUUUCUUUACUUCGGGUAUUUUCGCACAUGAAGAAGAAGGUAUUGGUCGUGGCUCACACUCACUCGGCGGUGGACACCCUCUUAUUUCGACUCGUCAAUUCCGGUGAAAAGAACGUUCUUCGCUUGGGUCCCCCUGACCGUGUACAUAACCAACUUCUUGGGUAUUGCCUAGAAGAAAUGCUAAACCACAAAAGUGCAAGUAUUGAUCCAGAUGACUUCAUCCAGAAUGCACUCGACCAGGCAGCUGUGGUCGGUUGCACCGCCCUUGCUGCUAGCGGGGGUGCCACUCUUCGACACGCUGCAUUGUCGCGCACUUGCUUUGACCUAGUACUGAUCGAUGAGGCAAGUCAAUUGUUGCUUCCCACCGCGUUGGGCGCCAUUUUAUGCCUUCGAGCUCUGAGCGAUAGUGGCCUUCAGGAAAGUCAGGCUGAUGCCAGUCGCUUCGUUCUCGUCGGUGAUCCGCAUCAGCUACCCCCCUUGGUGAGAAGCUCGCAAGCGCGUCACGGUGGAUUGGACCGCAGUCUUUUUCACCAUCUGUUGGAUAUUUGUUCACCCUCGUCCGGUGCCAGCUCCCACAACAAGACUGCGUCUCGUUCCGCUUCUGUUACACACACAGUAGAACUUAAUCUUCAGUACCGCAUGAACUCACCCAUCAUGCGCUUGGCUAAUAUGCUCUCUUAUUCGAACGCAAUUCAAUCAAUCAACUCGAUUGUCGCCGAAUCCACGCUCGCUGACGUUUUGAAGCCACCCUCCGACCAUGCCUACUCUCACAAUGACGAAGCUUUACCUUGUUGGCUUCGACGUGCCUUGAGUCCGUCUCUGUCUGACAGCGUUGUGCUACUUGAUACAAAACAACUGCAGAUUUGCCAAAGCCAAUACUCCGAAAACAGAAAGUAUAGCAACAAACUUGAAGCCCAACUAGCUGCAUUGCUGUGUAUCUUACUUGUCCAGCAAGGUCUCCCUCCAUCCGACACUGGCAUUAUCACCCCCUAUCGUAAUCAGGUUGCUCUGGUGAAACGAUUGCUUACCGAAUGUUCCGAACCGCUCGUUACCCAAGUAGAAGUGGCCACGGUAGACCAAUUUCAAGGACGAGACAAGCGUGCAAUCAUAUUAUGUUUAACAGCCUGCACCAAGUCUCCUCCGAGCUCUACACCGGAUCACUUGUUGGAGGAUUCGGCUCGACUCACCGUCGCUCUAACACGUGCCAAGCACAAGUUGCUUAUCAUUGGUUGCUGUCAUGAGGAAUUCUUGGAGGAUGACGCCGUUUGUCUCGCGAGUUCCAGUGUGCUUGCUCGUCUCUUCAAACUUGUUCAUCAAGCACAUGGGCAUGAAACGCUUCAACCCCCAGACUUGUUGUUUUUAAAGCACUAUGGGUGUUUCAACUUUAUUCCACAGGAACCGUCUUAG